AUGGUUCAAAGAAAGGUCCCAAACAAGCUUAGUAUCCAAUCACAACAUGUUAAAUCAGAGAAAUUUUCAACAAACAUGAAACUAUCUUCAUCUUCUUCUCAUCAACAAAACCAAGAUGAAAAAAGUAAACUUUUUGAUAAGAAGAAGAAAAUGAAGAAAUCAAACUCAAUCAAUCUCUCUGAUCUUGAAACUCUUCAACUUCAUUCAACACCAGUUUCAAGAAAAACUACAAAACAAGAUGGUUCACCAAAUUACAUGAAGCCCACAAGUAGUUCACAAUCAAAAACGGAACUUUUUCAUGUAAGUCUUAAAAAAACUCAAUCUUGCUCUGUUUCCAAGAAUCUUGAUAGAAAAAUUUCAAGUGAUUAUUCAAAAGCUGCAUGUAAAAAACCUAGUUUGAGUUUGGUUAGAACAUUAACAAAAACUACUAGUUUUAAGGGUUCUAGAAAUUUUCCUAGAAGAGCUACUUGUUCUUCCACUCUGAAAGAUUCAAACUUUCCUUCAUAUCUUGAGCUUAAUCAUGGUGGAACUGAGUUAGAGGGGACUUCAGUUAUGAAGGUUUGUUCAUAUAGUUAUUGUUCUCUUAAUGGCCAUCAUCAUCAUAAUCAUGGUGAUUUGCCUCCUUUGAAGACGUUUGUGUCUUCGAGGAGGCGUGUGUUGAAGCGCGUGAAGCUCGAAGCAUUGAGUCCUCGGAGUCGAAGAUUGAAGACGACGUGUGAGGUUGAAAAGAAGGACUGUGUUGUUGAGCGGAAUGUGUUUGAUGAAAAGUCUGAAUGUGAUGAAAUUGAUAUGGAUUUCUUCAUUGAAAUCUAUGCUAGUGGAAAUAAAGAUGGGAAACCGAAAGGAAAAGAUGAAAUUGGACAAAUCGAUUUUCUCGAAGAGGUUGAGGAGUAUGAAGAUAUCGUCAAGUCUACAUGUGAAGAUGAUGGUGUAGAAGCAGAUUUUCUGAAAGAGGUUAAGAAUCAAGAGAAAAACGAAGAUGCAGAUGAAGAAGAACAAUCUAGUUGGUCUCAUGAAGAAAUGAGUAUGGAAGAUGUCGACAAUAACACAGAUGAUUCUGAUUUUGAAGCCGAAGCCGAUGAUAUGAAGUGUGAUGAGGAACGGUUCUUUGGAUUUGAUCAAGAACUUGAUGCUGAUUCUUCGGUUUACACAGACGGGGAAAAUGAUUCGAAAGAUGAAUGUUUGUCUCAGAGUUCUCAUGAUGUAUCAGUGACAUGGUUAGACGAUAUCAUUAGCAGCUAUUACGAUGACAUUAUUCUGUUUGACGAAACACUGAAAGAAUCCAAAUCUGAAGAAAUCAUCUAUCUUGAAGAACAACCUGAUGAUGGCAUGAUUUGUUUUGUCCUUGAUGACAAAAUCGGAAGCAACGAGACUCAAGAAACCGGUUACCCUACUAGUGACAUCGGUUGUGACCAAUUUUCUCUGGCAGAUGAAAUAUUUGAUUACCUAACAAAUUCUGAAGAAAAAGUCGACGAGACUAGCCAAGACAACAAAGAUUUCAAUAGAGGGGAGAAGAACCAAAUUCAAUCGUCUCCGAAUGAAUUUGAACUUUGUCCCUUGAAGCUAACAAUGACAGACGAAACUCUUACUGCUGACGUGAUAACUCAUGGACACGACAACCAUAUUCCAUUAGUCGAUGUUGUUGAAGAAGGCAUCAAACAUAUUCAAAAUCAAGGAAAAGGUAAUAAAAGAGCAAGUUGCAUAGUCGAUGAAGAGGAAAACGCAAGAGAGAAUUGGAAAGGUGUGAUUAGAAGAAAGAGAUGUGUUGACGACGAUGAUGAAAUGAGGAAGUUCAAUCCAAAAGAUCCAAAUUUCCUUCCAUUGGUUCCCGAAAAAGAGAAAGAAAAAGUCGAUUUGAGGCAUCAAAUGAUGGACGAGCGAAAGAAUGCGGAGGAUUGGAUGGUUGAUUGUGCACUAAGGCAAGUUGUUAACAAGCUUGCUCCUGCUAGGAAGAAGAAGGUUGCAUUGCUAGUUGAAGCCUUUGAAACUGUUAUACCUAAAUGUGAAUCACAUUUGAGAAACAAUUCAAGGUCUGUUCAUGCAUGCUAG